AUGUUGUAAGAGAAAAUCAAUAAUGGAAAAUAAAAAUCAAAGAAAAACUAUUUGGGUUUAGGACUUGUAGUUUUAGUUCAAUUCUUAUUAAUUUGGGGAUUAUAUACAGCCUUUAUAUACUAAAAUCAAAAUUCAUUAAGCAAUUGUUUAAGAAAUUUAGCAAUAGCAUUAUGGCUUAUAUCAGAGAUUUGUUAUAUUAGAACAUAAUUUUCAGACCCAGGAGAAAUACUUUAGAAAACAGUACCAUUAAAGUUGCUUCAUGAUUAGCAAUUACUUUAAUAUUAUCAAAAUAUUUGUAAUAAGUGCAAUAGUUGGAAACCACCAAGAGCACAUCAUUGUAGAAGAUGCAAUAAAUGUAUUUUUAAAAUGGAUCAUCAUUGUGAAUGGACUAAUAAUUGUAUAGGAGCUUUAAAUUAAAAAUACUUUGUACUAUUUCUAUUUUAUGUAUUUUGUUACAUUAUAACAAUCUUUUCAAUUCAUAUUAUAGGAAUCUAUUCUUACAUUAUAAGAGAUUAAUAAAAUAUAUGGAAUUUAAUAACAAACAAUAAAUUUAAGAUUUUUGAAGUCUUCCUUUUUAUAAUACUUUGUACUUUCUUUUCUUUUUUUGUCAUUUCAAUGCUUUGGGAUUAAAUUUAAGUAAUUAGAGAUAAUUAAACAGUUGUUGAGUCAUUAUAGGGUAAAUUUGGUAGAUAAUAAUCAUUUUUUAAAAAUAUGAAAUAAUUUAUGGGAAAUUAAAAAUGGUAUUAUUGGAUAUUACCUACUACUCCCAUAUUAAAGUUAAAUUAUGCAGAAAUAGUAUAUGGAGAAUAAUUAGUAAAUUUGGGAACAUCUUAUUUAGAAGAUAUCAUUUACGAUGAAUAGAAUCCAAAAAGUGCUUAUUUUGCUGAAUUUAUGGUAGAUAAUUAUAAAAAGAAAUUGGCUUGA